AUGAACAAUCCUACAGCUCAUUCUUUCACUCCCCCUCCCGAGGGAGACCUGUGUGACCCCAACCUUUUGGAACGAAACCGGCUGCCUCCCCGUGCCUUCUUUCUCCCACCGGAACAUCGUCGCAUCAACCUCAACGGCCAAUGGCAGUUUUCCUACUUUCCCACACCGACUGCCGCCUGGAGAUCCGUCAUAGAGGCAACAACUCCAUGGAAAGAGAUUCAGGUCCCCGGCCACUGGCAGCUACAAGGUUACGGCGCCCCGCAAUACGCGAAUGUCCGCUACCCGUUCCCCGUCGACCCCCCAAACAUUCCCGCGCACAACCCCACAGGAGUCUAUCAGCGCCUCGUCGAGAUCCCCGAGGAUUGGAAUAGUGGCCAGUAUAAGCUGCGGCUUCGUUUUGAAGGCGUGGACAGUUGCUAUCAUGUGUACUUGGACAACCAGCUGCUGGGAUAUAGCCAGGUCAGCCGGAAUGCGGCCGAGUUCGACAUCACCGAACACACGGCAGCCGCCGCCCAGGAGUCAGGACGGCGUGCUAUGAGCCUUCUCGUCUUUGUCUACCAGUGGUGCGAUGGAUCCUACCUCGAGGACCAGGACCAGUGGUGGCUGUCUGGGAUCUUCCGUGACGUGCAUGUGCUUGCCUUCCCGGCGGCGAUUCAUAUUCAAGACUUUACACUCACCACCGAUCUGGACUCUGCGUACAGGAAUGCCGUGCUUACGGUUGAUGUUGAAUAUGCAGCAGCAAGAGCAGCCUUGGUCGCAUCACAGGACGUUUCCCUCCACAUCCAAGUGAGCGAUCCCCACAGCAGGGAAGUGGUCGCUGAGGAUUCGGUCAGCUUCAACCCAUCCGCUUCUGGAGCUCACCGGCGUUCCCUGAGAGUCUCCCACCCAAAGAAAUGGACCGCAGAAACUCCGCAUCUCUACGAAUUCUGCAUGAGGUUGUUAAGCCAAGGAGGAGAAGAAGUCGACAGUGUCCGGCAACGCAUCGGGUUCCGCAAGGUGGAGAUCUUGCGCGGCAACAUCACCGUCAAUGGCGUUCCAAUCCUGCUCAACGGGGUGAAUCGCCAUGACCACCACCCUCGGUAUGGACGUGCAGUCCCUGUUGACUUCAUGCGGCGCGAUUUGCUCAUCAUGAAGCAGCAUAAUAUCAACGCUGUCCGCUGCUCGCAUUACCCCAAUGCCCCCGAGUUCUACGAUAUGUGCGAUGAGCUGGGCAUCUGGGUCAUGGACGAAGCGGACCUCGAGUGCCACGGGUUCAUCGAGUCGGUGAUCCAUGAUGAGAAUUACCCCGAGGGUACAAGCUGGAGCGAUAUCAAGCACAAGUGCUUCGCUCGCUCCUCGGAGUUUCUAUCGGAAAAUCAGUUAUGGCGCAAGGCCUAUCUUGACCGUGCAGAGCGCUUGGUGAAGGAGAACAAAAACCACACGAGUAUUAUAAUCUGGUCUCUUGGUAAUGAAGCCUUCUACGGUUGCAACCAACAGGCCAUGUACGACUGGAUCAAGGCGUACGAUCCUUCUCGGCCGGUCCACUACGAGGGCGAUAAGAAUGCGGCCAGCGCAGACAUGUACAGCUACAUGUACCCUUCCGUCCGGAAACUGGAGCACUACGCGGAUCUCGAGGGCGAUGAUUUUGCCAAGCCCAUUGUGGUCUGCGAAUAUGCGCACUGCAAAGGAAAUGGACCGGGCAAUCUGCUCGAAUACCAGAAUCUUUUCCGCACCAAGCGCAGACUACAAGGCGGAUACAUUUGGGAGUGGCAGGACCACGGCUUGCUCACUACAACGGCGGACGGCGGCGAAGAAUACUUUGGGUACGGGGGCGAUUUUGGGGAGAAACUGCAUGAUGGCAAAUACUGCAUGGAUGGUCUUGUGAACUCGAACCACGAUCCAACGCCUGGUCUUGUUGAGUUCAAGAAGGUUAUUGAGCCGGUCGAGGUCACCCAGAAGGGGGGCGGCGAUAUGAUGGAGAUCCGAAACUGGUAUGACUUCCAAGAUCUCAGCCAUUGUACUGCAACAUGGCAGGUUGUCAGAUGUGCCGGGCCGCUGGUUAAAACGGAACUUGUUGUUGCCAGUGGCGUUUUGUCUCUGCCGACAGUCGAGGCUGGUCAAACUGUGACUAUCCCCAGCCCUUUCAAAUCCUUCGCACCACCUACCAGUGCCCUCCAACCUGGUGAGGUGUCAUAUGGCAAUUUGAGCUUCUCGUUGAAAGAGGAUGUCUUGUGGGCGAAACGGGGUCAUGAGCUGGCCUGGGCACAGUUUGAACUCGCUCGCAACGAAAAUCCUGUCGUCUUCCCGGCCUUUUCGAAAAGUCGCAUCACCGUCGACACUUCGAGCUUGGGAGUCCUUUCCGUAAAAGGGACCAAUUUUGAAAUCACAUUUGAUACUACCUUGGGCGUCAUAUCGCGCUGGAUCUCCAAGGGAUGUAAUCUUUUAUCCGACGAGGAUGGCGGACCAAAGCUUGGAAUCUGGCGACCUCCUACGUGCAACGACCUCCAUGGCCAUGCUCAGCAAUGGAAGAAGCAUGGCCUGGAUGCCCUCCAAGUCAGCAAUGUUGUCUUUGACUACGCUGAAAGAGCUGAUGAUGGUCUCGUCGAGAUUACUAUCACCCACCGUCUUUCCCCGCCGGUAGUCCUGUCAGGCUUUAGUGUGAAGCAAAUCUACACAAUCGACACCUCUGGCGCGAUGACCAUCGCCGUUAACAUGACCACUAUUAGAUCCAACCCAACCUCGCUUCCCCGGAUCGGGCUCGAUCUAUCCCUAAGCUCGGCCUUCGAGCAGGUCGCCUGGCACGGCAAGGGCCCGCACCAGAGCUACAGGGAUAGCAACGCGUCCACGCGGCAAGGGAUCUUCAGCUCCAAGAUCUCAGACCUCGACUUCUUAUACGAAAUCCCGCAGGAGAACGGCAACCGGAGCCAGGUCGAAUGGGUGACCAUAACAGACGCCUAUGGGAGUCGUGGUCUGCUGGCUCGGUUCAAGGGUAGUAAUAAUACCACUACCAAAUUCAAUUUCCAGGCUUCGCACUACUACCCCGAGGAUAUCACCAGCGCUACACAUAUUUACCAGCUGACUCGCCGACCCACAACCUACCUGCGUCUGGACUAUGAUCACCACGGCCUCGGGAAUGCGUCCAUCAAGCCCUUUGUUUUGCCGCCGUAUGAGCUGAAAAACGAGGCUAUGUCUUUUACUGUCGAGCUGCGCACCAUUGGAUGA